AUGAUGCAGUUCAAUUUCUUCAAGCGUGAACUGCAAAAUAGGAAGAACGCAGUAUUCGACUUCAACAGUUGCCUGCGCGAAGUGUUUGCCCAUAAGAUGGGACAGGACGACGGCGCGAUGAUCGGUGGGCCUCAGCUAAUACUUAAGAUUGAAGAAAGCAGCCUUCCUGGCGCGAAAACAACAUCACCAGAAUCCUUCCACAGCAGCAGAUUUUUGGUCGAAUAUGCAAAGAAACGAAGGAAUUUUUUGGUGCCUUCCGCUGAUCGCAAUGCAGAAGACUGGCGCUGA